AUGAGGAACAAGGGUGGUGGGGCGUGGAAUCACCUUGACGUCAAUGCUGAUGGGGCGCAGAACUUCGCGAUUGAAAGUGCAGACAGUGAGGACACUGGCGAUAACUCCGCCAUGGUCAAUAUGGUCAGCAUGACCCGCCAACACGAGGUCGCCACAGAUACCCCUGACGGCGAACUGCACAGGACUCAGCAGGGUCAGGCGAUAUCAGCAAGAAAGGUGUACCAUCUCCCGGCGCAAGCCUUCCUCCUAACGGACCUUGGUGAAGUGAUCUGGGUCAGGCUCCAGUGCCAGAACAGCUUCUUGGAUCCUCCAAGUGUAGACUUCCAACUGCAACCUCCCUCUGAAGAACAGGCAGGGGCGCGCAUCUGA